AUGUCGGCCGCCCCCGCCUACAGCGAAGACAAGGGCGGCUCCGCUGGCCCCGGGGAGCCCGAGUACGGCCACGACCCGGCGAGCGGCGGCAUCUUCUCCUCCGACUACAAGCGGCAUGAUGACCUGAAGGAGAUGCUGGACACCAACAAGGAUUCCCUCAAGCUGGAGGCCAUGAAGAGGAUUGUGGCGAUGAUUGCCCGUGGAAAGAAUGCCUCAGACCUGUUUCCUGCAGUGGUGAAGAACGUGGCCUGUAAGAACAUAGAGGUGAAGAAGCUUGUCUACGUGUACCUGGUGCGCUACGCUGAGGAACAGCAAGACCUGGCCCUGCUGUCCAUCUCCACUUUCCAGCGUGGCCUGAAGGACCCCAACCAGCUGAUUCGUGCCAGUGCCCUCCGCGUCCUCUCUAGCAUCCGUGUGCCCAUCAUAGUGCCCAUCAUGAUGCUAGCCAUCAAGGAAGCCGCCUCAGACAUGUCACCCUACGUACGGAAAACAGCUGCCCAUGCCAUCCCUAAACUCUAUAGUUUGGACUCUGACCAGAAGGACCAGCUGAUAGAAGUCAUUGAGAAGCUUCUGGCCGACAAGACGACACUGGUGGCAGGCAGCGUGGUGAUGGCCUUCGAGGAGGUGUGCCCGGAACGCAUAGACCUGAUCCACAAAAACUACCGGAAACUUUGUAACCUGCUCAUCGACGUGGAGGAGUGGGGCCAGGUGGUCAUCAUCAGCAUGCUCACUCGCUACGCCCGCACGCAGUUCCUGAGCCCCACCCAGAACGAAUCCCUGCUAGAGGAGAACCCCGAGAAAGCCUUCUACGGCUCAGAGGAAGACGAGACCAAGGGCCCGGGGUCGGAGGAGGCGACCGCUGCGGCGCUACCCGCCCGAAAGCCCUACGUCAUGGACCCGGACCACCGGCUGCUGCUGCGCAACACCAAGCCGCUGCUGCAGAGCCGCAGCGCCGCGGUGGUCAUGGCGGUGGCGCAGCUCUACUUCCACCUGGCGCCCAAGGCGGAGGUGGGCGUCAUCGCCAAGGCACUAGUGCGCCUGCUGCGCAGCCACAGUGAGGUGCAGUACGUGGUGCUCCAGAAUGUGGCCACCAUGUCCAUCAAGCGCCGGGGUAUGUUUGAGCCCUACUUGAAGAGCUUCUACAUCAGGUCCACCGACCCUACCCAGAUCAAGAUCCUGAAGCUGGAAGUGCUGACCAACUUGGCCAAUGAGACCAACAUCCCUACUGUCCUACGGGAAUUCCAGACCUACAUUCGCAGCAUGGACAAGGAUUUUGUGGCAGCCACAAUCCAGGCCAUUGGACGCUGUGCAACUAACAUAGGACGGGUCCGUGACACUUGCCUCAACGGCCUGGUACAGCUGCUAUCCAACCGUGAUGAGCUUGUGGUCGCAGAGUCGGUGGUCGUCAUUAAGAAAUUGCUGCAGAUGCAGCCAGCACAGCAUGGGGAGAUCAUCAAACACUUGGCAAAGCUCACAGACAACAUCCAGGUUCCUAUGGCCCGAGCCAGCAUCCUGUGGCUCAUUGGAGAGUACUGUGAGCAUGUCCCCAAGAUUGCACCUGAUGUCCUGAGAAAAAUGGCCAAGUCAUUCACAGCAGAGGAAGAUAUUGUCAAGCUGCAGGUCAUCAAUCUGGCAGCCAAGCUCUACCUGACCAACUCUAAGCAGACCAAGUUGCUGACCCAGUAUGUGCUGAGUCUGGCCAAGUACGACCAGAACUAUGAUAUCCGUGACCGAGCACGCUUCACCCGGCAGCUCAUUGUCCCUUCUGAGCAGGGCGGGGCCCUCAGCCGCCAUGCCAAGAAGCUCUUCCUGGCACCCAAACCAGCCCCAGUCUUGGAGUCAUCCUUCAAAGACCGGGAUCACUUCCAGCUGGGCUCACUGUCCCACCUGCUCAAUGCCAAGGCCACUGGCUACCAGGAGCUCCCAGACUGGCCAGAGGAAGCCCCAGACCCGUCUGUGCGCAACGUGGAGGAAGAAGACCUCUCCCUUAUUGAGACCCACGUGGGCCUGUUGGGCGAAUACACUGAGGUACCUGAAUGGACGAAAUGCUCAAACCGGGAGAAGAGGAAGGAGAAGGAAAAACCCUUCUACUCAGACUCUGAGGGGGAGUCAGGCCCCACGGAGUCUGCAGACAGUGAUCCUGAGUCUGAGAGUGAGUCGGACAGUAAUAGCAGCAGCGAGAGUGGCUCUGGGGAGUCCAGCAGUGAGUCUGAUAAUGAAGACCAAGAUGAGGAUGAGGAGAAAGAGAGAGGCAGCGAGAGUGAACAGAGUGAGGAGGAAGGUGAGAAGAGGAAAAUGAAGAAGAAGAAGGUGCCAGAGGGACAAGGAGAAGGCUCGUCCUCAGAUGAGGGCAGUGAUUCCAGCAGUAGCUCAUCAGAUUCGGAGAUGACAUCAGAGUCUGAGGAAGAGCAAGUGGAACCUGCCUCUUGGAGGAGGAAAACACCUCCCAGCAGCAAAAGUGCCCCUGCCACCAAGGAAAUCUCUCUGCUUGAUCUGGAGGACUUCACCCCUCCCAGUGUCCAGCCUGUGUCUCCCUCCAUGGUUGUGUCCACCAGUCUGGCUGCUGACCUGGAGGGCCUGACACUCACAGAUUCCUCGCUGGUGCCCUCGCUGCUGAGUCCAAUGUCAGGUGUUGGGAGGCAGGAGCUGCUGCACCGGGUAGCUGGCGAGGGGCUAGCCGUGGACUAUGCCUUCAGCCGCCAGCCUUUCUCUGGUGACCCCCACAUGGUGUCUGUGCACGUCUACUUCUCCAAUAGUUCUGAUACCCCCAUCAAGGGCCUGCAUAUAGGCACCCCCAAACUGCCUGCUGGCAUCAGCAUCCAAGAAUUUCCUGAAAUCGAGUCUCUGGCACCUGGAGAAUCUGCCACUGCUGUAAUGGGCAUUAAUUUCUGUGAUUCAACCCAGGCAGCCAACUUCCAGCUGUGCACUCAAACCCGACAGUUCUACGUCUCCAUUCAGCCACCUGUUGGGGAGCUGAUGGCCCCUGUGUUCAUGAGUGAGAAUGAGUUCAAAAAGGAACAGGGAAAGCUGACGGGCAUGAACGAGAUCACAGAGAAGCUCACACUGCCAGACACCUGUCGGAGCGACCACAUUGUGGUGCAGAAAGUGACUACCACUGCUAACCUGGGUCGUGUCCCUUGUGGGACAUCUGAUGAGUACAGGUUUGCAGGCAGGACACUGACCAGUGGGAGCCUGGUCCUGCUGACCCUGGAUGCCCGGCCAGCUGGAGCUGCCCAGUUGACCAUCAAUAGCGAGAAGAUGGUGAUUGGCACCAUGUUGGUGAAGGACGUAAUACAGGCCCUGACCCAGUGA